GCAGGCAGCACUGGGCUGUGACACGCACUGGGCUGUGACACGUGCUGGGGAAGUGAUGCUGCAAGGACAGCCCAGGAGAUGAGUCCUCAGCCCAGAGCACGCCCUUCCUGGCUCUGCCUCCUUGCUCACAGGGUGGGCUGCAGUCUCUGAGGGCCUCAGUGCUGGCAGCUGCAUAAUAUCACCCCUUCCUCAGAGUGCAAGGGGGUCCCAGGCUGCCCACAGGGCUUUUUCCAUUGGCAUUGACCUUGCUCUGCACAAGUCUCUGGCUGUGGGGACUCUGCUUGUGGCUGCUCUGGGACCACCGUGCAGCUGAUGGCCGCCGGGCACUGUGCCCAUCCCUGGGAGCACCCGUGCUGGGUGAGAGCCCUUCUGGCAGUGCCAGCACCUGGGAAAUAAAGGGACACACCUGGAUGCUCAUCCUCUGCAAGGAGAAGGCGACGCGGAAACCACAGUGCCGGGGCUGUGGGGAGAGCUCAGAGCGGUGCCCACCAGGAGGCAUUGGCUCCUGCCAGCCCGGACAUGGCUACACGUAGGGGAGGGCUGUCCCUGUUCCUGCUGCUGGGCCUUGCUGGGUCAAAGCUGGCACUGGGGAGCAUAGACGCGGAUUCGACAGUGCCAAAAUCCACAAAGCCUCCGGUGUCGCUGCUCAGCACCGCAGCCCCCACUCCUCCCUCCAGCCCGGACACAGAAGCCCCCACCCCAGUGAAGCCCAGCACAGCCCCAGGGACCAGCAAUGCUCCCGCAACUUCAGCACACACAGCUGCACCACCUGAGCCCUCUACAGUCGUGGUAGACACCGCCACCUCCAUCACCAACACAGUGGUCCUCAGGAGCACCCCCAGUCCCAGCCCACCCCCGGGGAACACCACUGGAACCAGCACUGGUGUCUCCACUGUGAUCACAGGAACACCUGCAGACACCUCGAUGGCACCGCAGAGCUCCAGUGCCACCCCAGGCACGAAGCCCUCCUCCCCUGCCACCACCUCAUCACAGAGCCUGGAUGGAACCAUCAGCACCUCUUCAGAGCUGCCACCAACCUGCCCCAGCACCCCAAAUGAUGCCAUUGCAUCCCAGCUCUUCCUCUCCUUGCGUCUCACCACUCCUCUGGACAUGGGAAACACCACGGUGCAGGAGCUGCUCCUGGCCAAGCUCCGCAGGGACCUGCAGGCUGCCUUCCCACAUGCUGGGCUCCUCCUGUACUGGAGAGGGGGGAAGCUGAUCUGAGCCAGUCACCGAGGGAUGCUGGGCAGUACUGAGCCAUCCCGCACCUCCUGUCCUUGUCCCUCUGGAUAACCCACACAGCCCCAUCUGCUUCCCUGCACCCCAGUACCCUUCUGUGUCCCGUUCUCUACCCCUUCCCACAGCCACUCUGCAGCCCCAUUGCACUGAUGGUAAAGAAGGAGCCCUGCAGCCCCCCCACCCUGCCCCGUUAUCACCAUGCAGCAGUGGCCCUGUUGGAAGCCAGGGUACUGCAAGGGGUCCCAUCAGCCCCCAACCCCCCAUGAGCUGUGUGUGCCGUGGGGCCAUGGAAAUCCCGUGGGCUGAGCUCCUUCCCUGUUUUUUUCCAGUCCCUGGUUGAGGAGACGGCUGCAGUGUCUGCCUCCCCUGCAGCAAAGUCAUUUAUUAACUGAUUAAUUAGCCAGAUAAAAUGAGAGCGAAGCAAUUAUUACCCUAAGCAAGUCACCUAGCAUGGGAGAUUAAAAAGUGGAAUAAUGUGCAAAAA